AUGGGUAACGGUAAAAAGGAGAAACAAAGAAGAAUCCGUCAAGGUGAUACCAAAGAUGGUAACCUUAGGGUCAAAGGUGAAAAUUUCUAUCGUGAUACUAAAAGAGUCAAAUUCUUAAAUAUGUAUACUGAUGGUAAAGAAAUCAGAAAUAAAAAAGGUGAUUUGAUUCGUGCUGCUCCAUUGCAAAAUAAAGAUAUUCCAACUGCAAGAGUCCAACCAGAUCGUCGUUGGUUUGGUAAUACAAGAGUUAUCUCUCAGGAUGCAUUACAGCAUUUCAGAGGUGCUUUAGGUGAUGUUCAAAAGGAUACUUAUCAGGUUUUAUUGAGAAGAAAUAAAUUGCCAAUGUCUCUUCUUGAAGAAAAAGAUACUAGUGUAUCCCCAGUAUCCAGAAUCCUGGAUACCGAGACAUUUUCUCAAACGUUUGGUCCUAAAGCUCAACGUAAGAAACCAAGAGUAGCUGCUUCAAGUCUAGAAGAUUUAGUGAAAGCCACAGAAGAAGAUAACAAGGUAUUUGAAGAUAAACAAGAAUUAAGUACGACUCUAGGUUUGAUGUCUAAUCAAAGUGAUGAUAUGGAUGGUUGGUCACAAGCAGCAAAAGAACAUAUUUUCAGUAAAGGUCAAUCAAAACGUAUUUGGAAUGAAUUGUAUAAGGUUAUUGAUUCUUCUGAUGUCGUAAUUCAUGUUUUAGAUGCAAGAGAUCCUUUAGGUACGCGUUGUAAAUCUGUUGAAGAAUAUAUGAAAAAAGAAACGCCACACAAACACCUAAUAUAUGUUUUAAACAAAUGUGAUUUAGUUCCAACUUGGGUAGCAGCCGCUUGGGUUAAACAUUUAUCAAGUGAACGACCAACAUUAGCUUUCCAUGCAUCUAUUACCAACUCUUUUGGUAAAGGUUCAUUGAUUCAACUAUUACGUCAAUUUUCACAAUUACAUCCUGAAAGAAAACAAAUUUCAGUAGGUUUUAUUGGUUAUCCAAAUACUGGUAAAUCUUCGAUUAUUAAUACUUUAAGAAAGAAGAAAGUUUGUCAAGUAGCACCAAUUCCUGGUGAAACUAAGGUUUGGCAAUAUAUUACUUUGAUGAAGAGAAUAUUUUUAAUUGACUGUCCCGGUAUUGUGCCACCAUCAUCAAAGGAUACUGAAGAAGAUAUUUUAUUUAGAGGUGUUGUUAGAGUGGAGCAUGUUUCUCAUCCAGAACAAUAUAUUCCAGGUGUUUUAAGACGUUGUCAAAGAAAGCAUUUGGAAAGAACGUACGAAAUUUCAGGCUGGAAGGACUCUACUGAAUUCAUUGAAAUUUUAGCUAGGAAACAAGGUAGAUUACUGAAAGGUGGUGAGCCUGACGAAUCUGGUGUUUCUAAGCAGAUCUUGAAUGAUUUCAAUAGAGGUAAAAUUCCAUGGUUUGUACCUCCACCAGAAAAGGUUAAGGAUGAAGAUUCACAAGACAAAACAACACAGAAUAAAAAAAGAAGUGUUGCGGAAACUGAAACUGAAACUAGUGAAUCAAAAGAAAUACCCGUUGAAUCUGCUAAGAAGCAGAAAACACAUGCAUAA